GGAGGUCCAUUAGCCUUUCCGUGUCUCUUCUCUUCUCCUCUUCCUUUCUGCACUCCGUUCGCUUCUAUCAUCCUUGUUGGAAGAGGAGAACAGGAGGAAGAGGAGGAGGUGUUCGUGGCUCGAGCUGUUGUUCUGUGGAAUUCUCGGAGGAGAAAUGGCGGGGCUGUCGAUCGGAAUCCUCAGCCUGAUCGAGCUCUUCGUCAGUAUGGCGACGCACCUGCUCUUCGCCUUCUACAUCUUGAGCUCCGCCAUGGCGUCGGAUCUCUUUCAGGUCCUGACCGACUGCCUCAGGCCCAAUGUCGUCGACCUGGGCACCGGAGGGAAGGAAGGUGAGAGCAAGGAGAAGGUGCUGGUUCUCGAGGGUUCGCCGCCGCCGAUCGUUCUGGUGCAUGGAAUCUUUGGAUUCGGCAAAGGGAGGCUCGGAGGUUUGUCCUACUUCGCCGGCGCAGAGAAGAAGGACGACCGCGUUCUGGUGCCGGAUUUAGGAUCCUUAACCAGCAUCUAUGACAGGGCACGGGAGCUGUUCUACUAUUUGAAGGGAGGGCAGGUAGACUAUGGAGAAGAACACAGCUUGCAGUUUGGGCACUUGCAAUUCGGGAAGAUCUAUGAACAAGGCCACUAUCCUUCGUGGGAUGAACACCAUCCUGUUCAUUUCGUGGGGCACUCGGCGGGCGUUCAGGUCGCCAGGGUGCUGCAGCAGAUGCUUGCGGACAAGGCAUUCACUGGCCAUGACACUUCUGAGGACUGGGUGCUGAGUAUCACUUCCCUCUCCGGCGCAUUAAACGGAACCACCAGAUCAUAUUACGACGGGAUGCAGCCCGAGAACGGGAGGUUGUUGAAACCGAUAUGCCUGCUUCAGGUGUGCCGCCUGGGGGUCAUCGUCUACGACUGGCUGGAUGCUGCAUGGCUCAAGAACUACUACAACUUCGGAUUCGAUCACUUUCGGAUGGGAUGGAGGUGGACGGGGAUUUCAGGUUUAGUUGAUCUGCUCUCGAACAACACUGGGCCUUUCGCUUGUGAAGACUGGAUCGUGCCUGACCUCACCAUUCAAGGCUCGAUCAAGCUCAACUCUGGGCUUCGCACCUUCCCCAACACAUUCUACUUCAGCUACGCGACCAAGAGAACAAAGAAGGUCUUUGGCCUCACAAUGCCUUCAAGCAUUUGGGGGAUCCAUCCAUUGCUCUUCAUUCCAGUCCUGCAGAUGUGCCAGUGGCGUUUCCCUCACGGCGUGCCGCCACCACAUAAAGACUACAGGGAUGAAGACUGGCAAGACAAUGAUGGAGCUCUUAACACAAUAUCCAUGACUCAUCCUCGCCUGCCUGUCGAACACCCGAGCUUCUUUGUUGUGGAUGACUCCAAAUGCCAUCCUUUGCAACCAGGAAUCUGGUACUACAAGAUCAUCGAAGCCGAUCACAUAUUUUUCAUAGUAAAUCGGGAGAGAGCAGGAGUACAAUUUGAUCUAUUGUAUGAUGGCAUAUUCCAGCGGUGCAGAAAGCACAUCUUUAGAAGCAGUACACCGAUAUUACCCAAUGACACAGCAAUCAGUGAUCCCCAUUACUCGCAAACUACUGAAGUAGGUGAUCAGAUGCCUUCUCCUCAGAUUCCAGCAUAAUUAAGGUCAUUUUCCAAUACAAGCCAGGCCUUAUGUGUUAUUCAGAGUUCAGCAAACAUGAAACGUUUAGGUUUUUCAUAGAAUCGAAGCUACUGAAAUAUCGUUUGACGACAAUCCACCCUGUAAAUUAUGCUGUUAUUCGGUGAGGCAAUUUGCUAUAAAUAUGUUGAGUUAUAUACUUAAUUACUCUUGGCCUAAUCUUGUUGGUACUGUCUAUAUGGAUUUAUACACUUCAUUACUCUCGGCCUAA